AUGGCGAGCUUGGAUGAGUUGCUUGUGUCAAGCUGGUUUAACGUUCAUUCCUCUGUGCCUCCAUCUUAUGUGCAUCCGCCAGAAACCAGACCCGGCAACCCCAUUCCAGCUUCCGGCAAGACGAUUCCGGUGGUCGACCUCCGCGGACAUGAUCCAGCAGCCGUAGCUGAAAACAUCUUGAAAGCCUCCGAGGACUUUGGCUUUUUCCAGGUAAUCAACCAUGGAGUUUCGGAGGAACUAAUGAAGAAAACGUUGAAGAUUUGCAAGGACUUUCAUGCCAUGCCUGGGAAGGACAAGGUAGAAGAAUGCUGGAGGGACCCAAGUGGAAGGUGCAAGCUCCAUACAGGCAGUGAGAAUUACAGCAGGGACGCUAUUCAGUAUUGGAAGGACACCUUGACACUCCCUUGCCCUCCUUCUGGUGAAUACGUACAGUAUUGGCCUCACAAACCUCCUGAUUACCGUGAGGUGGUUUGGAAAUACGCACAAGAACUGAGAAAACUGGAACAGAAAAUAUUGGAGCUGCUUGGUGAAGCGUUAGGGCUGAGCACUGGAUACUUGUGUGGUAAACUGAGUGAGAAUCCAACGUUGUUAGUUCAUCACUACCCUCCUUGUCCAGAGCCAAGUUUAACCUUGGGUUUAGCCAAGCACAGAGACCCUAACCUCAUCACCAUCCUCCUUCAAGAACAAGACGUCAAUGGCCUUCAAGUCCUGAAAGAUGGAGAAUGGAUUCAAGUUGAACCUCUUCCCAAUGGCUUCGUCGUUAACAUAGGCCUUCUCUUACAGAUGAUUAGUAAUGGAAGGCUUGUGGGUGCUGAACAUAGGGUUGUGACAAAUUCAACAACCGCGCGUACAAGUGUUGCAUAUUUUGUUUAUCCAUCGAAUGAAAGCGUCAUAGAACCUGCAGAAGUUUUUACCAAAGGAGGCACCUCAGCCACUCCAACAUACAGGUCCAUGACGUUUUCUGAGUUUCGGAGGAAUUUCUUCUACAAGGGUUCCAACAUCGAACCAGAAUUAGCACACUCUAAUAUUAAGUCUUAACUUCCACGUAACCAAAUAUGUGUGUGUGUGUGUGUGUGUAAGUCCUGCAUGCCAGCCGUUAUAAUAACUUGUUGUGUUUGUCUAUUAUGAAUCCAUGUGAACGUGGUCUUGCAAUUUCAGACUUUUAUAUGUAUGGAUG